AUGAAGCUUGUUGGAACUGAGACGAGAAUCCCAGCACAGUCGAUCCUGCUCUUUCUUACCUCGAUCGAUAUAAGUUCCGCGAACCUUCUCACCAACAUACCAAGGAGCAAUCCGUUGAACAUCGAUUGGGGCCCAGCUCCACCACCUGAAGACGGACCGCCUCUCUCAGCUGGAGCAUCGAGGAACAAGUCAUUGCUCCCAGCUCAGAUCAGUGGCAUCGUUGGAGCCUACCUCCUCUCGGCCUGUAUCGUCAGUAUCGGGAUCUUCCUCGUCGGUAGAAGUCUCCGGCGGCGGAUCGCAGCUGCAUACAAGGCACGAGAUAUUGAAAUGAUAGAGACGGUCCCUCAUUCUAUCAAUACUCAGUUCAAUCCUCAGUUCAAUCCUCAGUCGCCAGCCAGCCCACGAUCCUUCAAUUCCCCCUCAUCCUGGACAUCACAAGAGAAAUCCGCUCCCAACCCCUACGUCUUUCCCCCAACAUCACCCCGCUCCCCCAGAUCUCCCUACUCCCCAACUACACCUCCCAGCUUUGGGGAUCCGAACGUCGACAGUCGAGUCGUGGAACGGGACCAGCAACUGAUGGAGCGAGAUCUGGAGGAGAUAUACUCAUAUGUUAUGCAACAAGAGGAGGCUAAGGCUGCAGGUGUACCAAUUUCAGAAAUGCCUCUACCUGCGAAAUUGCAAAACGCGGGCCCAGCUCCCCCGGCCGCUUCACAACGCUCUCCCGCGAAGAAGGCCGAGAAGCAGCGGCCAGCAAAUAUCAUGCUAGUUCCAGAGGAGAGCAAAUCACCUAAAAGCUCUCGAGCCUCGUCGAUAAUCUCCUCCAUAGUAUCCCCGAGAAAAUCAGGCUUCAAGAAGAACCUGCGGAUUUCAAGCCCGAUUCAGUCGCCGAAAGAUGGGAAUUAUCCCGGGGGCACAGCGGAGGAACGUGAGCCUCUCACUCCAAGAUAUUAUGCCCCGCCACCACCACCACCAAUUCCCACGGAUCAGGUCCCCUACCAGCCAACAAGGCAGAAUUCUGGGAACUCUGUAGCAAGCCACACGAGGACCAUUGCGGAACAACUCGAACCGUACGGACCAGGAUCCACCUCAGCAUUCCACAACAACCGCUCACAAGCAAGCUUUGGUUCCCAGCUCUCUGGUCCCACCCUCCCUUCCUCUCCCAAACCACGAUCCUCUCUCUUCCCAAUAUCAACCUCUACUCCCGGGCCAUCCAAUAAUCUUAACACCGCCUCCCCCAAUAGUGCUGUCACCCCCAGCAGCACCAUCACCCCCAGCAGCGCCACCUCCUCGAUGCGGCAGCUGCCCCUGCGACAGUUCGAGCCGCCCAUGGCCUCGCCCUCGUACGCCUCGUUCCAGCAAUCCACCAAGACAACCGUACUGGAGCGCACGACGCCCGACCCAUCCAAGGGCCCCACGACAGCCGGGCUGAAGACGCCAUGGAGCGCGGGCGCCGUGCCAUACAGCCCGUACCAACCCUUCACGCCCAUGUUCCCAAUCUCGCCGCGCCUGGUGACUAGGGAGGACCGCAAGAAGAUGAAGAAGCAGGAGAAGAAGAUGGGUCUAUCGCCGCGGACUGAGCUGGUCGCGGAUGAUCUCUGGGAUAGCGGGUAUUAG